AUGGCUCAGCUACGUCCAGCAGUGCCCUCAUGCGCAGGUUUGGCCAUGGGCAAGAAGCAAAGGGAGGAAGAGGAGGAGGAGGAGGAGGAGGAAGAAGAAGAGGUAAAGCCUAAGAAGAAAGCGAAGGCGGAAGCCGUGGAAACGGAAGAAGCCGCAUUCGAGGACCCUGCGCUGGACAACGAUGACGGCGAGCCCACCCAGUUCUCCGUUUCCGUUGGCGGCCUCAGCUUUGACACCAAGCGGGAGACUGUGCGCAAGGCCCUGAAGAAGUUCGGAAAGGUCGUCACGGUGAGGAGAUGGGUCCGAGGUGCACCCCGCCGCGCGGACGUAUCCUUCUCUGCGGCGGAAGAGAUGGACGCGGCCAUUGCGGGGAUGGCGGACAAGGAGAUUGAUGGCCGGCCUGUGAAGGUCAAGGCCACUCCCAAGGAAGAGGAAGCUAGCCCGAAGAAGGGCAAAGGGAAAGGUAAAGGCAAAGGAAAAGGGAAAGGUAAAGGAAAGGGAAAAGGAAAGGGAAAAGGAAAGGGUGGCGGUGGCGGUGGCAGAGGUAGAGGCUGA